ACUCCUCACCAAAGAAGCCAGCCUUUAAUAGUCUUUGGAUUUUACGAAAAUUAAUUAUUGGUAGCAAGAGACCCAGAAUUUCCUAGCUGCAUACAUGCCUUAAGCUUAUCGAUAAGUCGAUGACUUGUACCUAUCGCUCAUAAACCGGCUAGCAAUUUCUGCAAAAGAAUUUUGUUUACAUUUAACAAAGAUGUCAUUAUCGCCAGACAAUUGCGAUACUUUAAUGCAAAAUGAUGUGAUUGACGUAAAUGAUGAGAUUGCGGACAAUUCAACUGGAAAUGAAACAGAGAAACGUCCCUCAACAGUUAAAACAGCGCAAGACGCAGUUUACGAUGCGGACAGCGAAAUGGUAGAAUCAGCCGAAGAGGAAGACGAUAAAGCGCCUAAGCAAGAGCCGUGCUCAGAUGAUGAUAGAUCCACAGUGAUUGCACCAAUCAGCCGUCCGCCAACCGAACCGCUCUCCAGGCACAACUUAAAAUGGAAUCUGCGCGUCAUCAUCUCAAAUUUGUAUAUGAAGAGCGAACGGCGAUUGCCGAGCGCUUGUGUGCCCAAAUGCCUGCACAAUACGACCCAAUGCGUCAGUCGGCAUCGCUGUGCCAUGCUGCCCGAUGCACCCGAUAUUAGUAUAGCUCAAGAGCUGCGCAAUAAUCUCUACAGGCAACACUAUGAUACAUAUUUGGAUAUAUUGGAAACGAUGGCGCUGCAGUCAGUUUAUCCAGACGAAGCGGUCUUUGAUCGACUCAUCGAUAUGAUUAUGAUACUCAACACAAAGAGCUUGACCCUCGAAGAGCUGCAUAGCAGAUAUAGAAAUGUCAUACGGAUCUAUUAUUUGCUAGUGGAUGCAUUUCCUCCCUGCUGGACCGCAUUGCGUCCAUAUUAUCUAAAUUUCCUGGGAGCUACGAACGACAAUCCACAAAAGCUGCAGCUGCUAUUGGAUUUAUUUGAAGAUUGCCUGGGCAAAUGUAGCGAAACAGAACUGCGUGAGCUAACGCCCUACUACGAGCAAUUCGUUCAUGAUUAUGAGGCUGAGGACAGUUCAAAAUUAAGCUCUGAUGACAUGUUUCAGAGGCAUGUCCAGGACUACGACUGGCAGAGCGGCAAGCAGUGGGUGGACGAGUUUAAGGCCAUGUCGCCAGCUGUGCAGCUGGCACGUCUCUGCGAUGCCUUGGAUAUGAUUUGCUGGGUAUUGGAACGCGAAUUCUUAGCCUGGCUGGACCAUAAUCGUUUGCAGCAAUCGGAGCCCGAGAUCUUUCAAGAGGACUCCAAGCCGUUUGUGCUCAUCGUCUUUGGCAUAGAGAAGGACAAGAGAUUAACGAAGUUAACCCAACAGUUGCUGCGUGUGUAUAGUCGUGCAGCAGCUAAGUCCUUGUAUGCAGAUCGUUUAAGCAUCCUCGAGCGCUUUAUCUCACUGCUCAUGGAGGCAAGCAACACAGCGGAGCUUGAGUAUGCCAACAACUCGUUAAUAUAUCCCAAUUUGGGUCCUCAUACACGCCGCCUUAUUGCGGAGUUCUUUAAAAUAUUCAAAGUCGAAAAUCCCUCGGAUCUCACCACUUAUAUACGCACCAUCUCGCAGCUGAGUCAGCCCUAUGUGCGUUGGGAAUUCGCGGAUAAUUUUCUGAGAUUGUUCUACUAUUCCGAUGCAGCAUUUGGGCCGGAAAAAGUGUGCGAGGAGCUGAAGCUAAAGCGUUGGCUCAAGUACAGGCCACGCAGCGCCAUCGAUGAGGCAGACAACGAACAGCUCUCUAGAGAGGAUUACUUUAAGAUCAUGCUCAAUGCGCUGCAGGAUUAUUGCAACUGGUUUGAUUUGCAAGCCUGUUGGAAGUACAUAAAAACCAAAACACCUGUCCAGCAGCUGCAGGCGAGAACAAGUAGUCCGCUGGCUACGCCUGCGGGUCUGGUUACCGAAGAUGUUGGCAAAAUCUUUAUGCUCGAUGAGAUGCAGAAGGAAGCGCACACUUGGAAGCAGCGCAUCAAUGCAAAAGUGAUUUUGGCCAGGCCCAAAGUGAAUCUCCCUGUGGCUAAGAUCAGCAUAGGCACCAUGGCUGAGCGUUAUGGAAGCGAUAUACGACAAUUGCGAUAUCUACGACGUAUUCUGCUGGAAGUAAUGCGUUUUGAGGAUGUCACAGAUUGGCUGAACUAUGUUAACGAUUUUCUGGGCGAAGAUGAGCCAGCCGUUUCGUCUUAAUGCCACAGAAGAAUCUGGGCACAAAUUCAAGUGAUAGCUGUAAACUAAAGGUAUUUGGUAAAUCCACUAUAAUAAGUCAAAGAAGUGGAUUUAAUAUAAAUUUUUAUACAAAGACAUAUUAAAAAAAUAAAAAUAAAAAAAAGUAUGAAAAGUUUGUGAAGAACAUAAAAUAUAAUUUAUUUACAUUUCUAAAAAACAUCAGCAAACUAUUAACAUAAGCAGAAAUCUAACUUUAUAGCGUAACGUAAUGAAUGGUUUGUUAAAAUGCCUUCAAAAUUCAAACGAACUACAAGCGCCAAAGUCGUAAACGCAGUGAAGGGAACGUAAGCGCAAAUUUGCGCAACAUGCGCAAAAGCUCCACUGCUUAACAGAGAAGGCAGUCAUUUAACAGAGUAACUCCAAUGCAGGAUAUUAUCCUGCGGACGGAGAAAAAAAUACUUUUAGUUGAUUUUAGCAGCACAACCCCGUCGCCAGCAGCAGCAGGAGCAGCCAAUGCUUGCGGUAGCGACAAAUACGCAAAAUUAAACAUUGUGUUAUUCUAAAAAAAAAAAAAUAAAUAAAUAAAAACUACAAAUCGAG